AUGUCAGCGGCUUGUAUUGACGUCAUAUCGUCAAUUGCUCCUCAAAGCUUUAUAAUACGGAGAGAAAAUCUACCUCCUCUGCAAUACUGUUACGUUUGCAGCGAGCACUUUGCUCCCGAUUGUUUUGAAUCGGACCUAAGACAGAAACUUACACCAUGGCAACCUUUAAAAAGGCGACUGAAGCGGGAUGCAGUACAAUCGAUCUUUUCAUUUGGCCCUGAACCCAGUAAAAAGCGUCUGUCUAGCGAGCAUCGUACAGAGAAACGUCAGGCUGACCAAGACAAGGAGGAACUUUCAAAUAUUUUAGAACAAUGUUCCUCCACAAGUACAAAUGUUUUCUCAGUGGUUGAGCCAGAAGCAAAUAACAGUUGUGAUUUGGGUGCGUCUGACAGUCCUGAAGCAUUGCCAACUAAUUAUUGCAAGCCACAAACAAAGAUGCAUCAACACAGUGUUCAUUUGUUGUGA